AUGUCUACCGGCAAAAUUACCAUAGAUAUUGGAAAAAAGUUUAAAUCAUCCUACAAUGAACCGGCUAUACCGUGUUAUUACAAAGAUGGACAAUCUAGAAACAUUGGAAAGACGGAACACAUAGCAGGUGGUUAUAAAGAUUAUACUCUAUCUCUUAAAGAUUUAAGUAAUGAAAAAACUCAAAUUGAUAUAGAGCGUAAUGGAACCAAACAAAAUUUUUCCACAAUUUUUAGCACAUGCGAGAAAAUAACCGUUUCCUACCUUCUUGAAGAUGAAACAAACGCAGUACCACUUCUUGUACAACUUUGUAAAUCCAAUGGUAUUACGGAAAUAUACGUACCUAACGGUCAAAAUAGCUGGAGAAAACAUAUAACUUCGACAGGAAACGAUAUUCCCAAGAAUUUAUCCUCAGUAAUUCACAGCCUUCUUACUUGUCCUGUAGUGAUUUUUUUGGAUACUAAUAAGGACUAUUAUAUCACUGGGUUUCCAUCCAAUUCCUUGAAUCUCCCACGAAUUAAUAUCACAGAUGAUAGCUCCAGAUCCUACAAUUGCUAUUACAAAAGGUUCAAACACAGCUAUUACGGAGGACAAAAAAUUAGAGUUGUAUCAAUCAGACACAAUAAUAGCCCUAUAGAAUUCGAUAAAGGUGUCCUCGAGAACGAAUACGUACAUGUGAUUGUUUCCUAUUGGACAGGAGAUAGAACAUAUAAGAAUCCGCUAAUUUUGGAAUUAGGCAUAAUGCACACUUCUGGACAUAAAUCAAACGUUUACUAUGCACCUAUAGGGGAUCAUUGGAGGGAUAGUGGAUAUUUACACCAUAGACUUAUGGAUGAGCAAAGUCGUCAGAACUGCAAUCAGAAUAAUGCGCAUGUAAUUGACACUUCUAAAAAGGUUUCAACCAUAUACUCAUGUCUUUCUUGUAGAGUUUGUAACAUACAUACUACGUAUAUAAAUGAAACUAACUACCAAUAUGGAUCUGUUACCCAUGAAAUGAAGGAAGGAAACGACCAUAAUAAGCACCUGGAUCGUAAGGGUGUGAUUGAUUACAAUAAUUACGUUGGUAGUUUUCAGAACCGAGACCAUAUACAACUUGGACUAUUCGUAACUGACAAGACUUCAAAGGUUACCACUUACUGGUAUAAGGACGAUAGCUAUCCUUCACUCAUUUACAUCCACUCACCCAUCGACAAGUGGUACAGGAUUACAAAAGACUACACAAGUUUGUGGCACAGAGUAACUAGCACUCUGAACAAAGAUGAUAAAAAAGCCAUCUACGAAAAACUUGUGAGUAUAUCUAAGGGAGAAGACGAACAACCAAUUACUGAAGAAGAGAAAGAAAUUCUAGAUGAAUUAGAGCGUGAUGAAGAAAGUACUGAGGAAUCUGAAGAUGAAUAUACACACGAAGAUAAACAUAACACCUACGACGAUACAGCGAGAAAAGAAAAGGAUAAACCCAAAAGGAAACCAAAAAAGUCAUACUCUUACAGUGGCAUUUCUACAGUGGGCAUAGUUGCUGGAGUAGUUGUGGCAGGACUUUGCAUAGGAAUGAUAGGAAGGAUGGUAUGGAAUAGAUAUAGUCCUAGAAUGUACCACGUAUUCCACAAUGUAGUCCUACCUUCAUACCUUUGA